AUGGCAAACAUGGCGGAGCUCGUAUCGUUUCCCGCCAAGCCCUCACGGAGCUCUCGUAUGGCGCAACUUGGUUGUGUAGGAGUAUAAAUUAAUCGUGUUUUUUUGUGGUUUUUCUGGAGUUUUUCGAUAAAAAUGGGACAGUCAGAUGAUGUAGAAGAUUCUACUUAUAGUAGACAUCAAGAUUUGUGUCAGAAAUUAAAUAUGGAUGCAACUGCUGCAUCUGAAGCUUGGAAAUCUUAUGAGACUAUUCGACAAAAUUAUACUCUUGAGGGUGAUCAAUUACAUUGGAUAGGGUGUGCAUUAUAUGUAGCUUGUCGUAAGUCUUCUAUACCUACUGUUGGAAAAACUGGUACUAAUGUGGAAGGCAAUUGUGUUUCAUUGACACGUUUAUUACAAUUGUGUAAUCUUCCUUUAAUACAAUUUUUUACAAAAAGUAAAUCUUGGGCUGAUAUGGCUAAUAUGCCACAAGAUUUUCGUUCAAAGAUUGAAAAAUUAGAAGGGAAUUUUGCUGUUUCUAUGGUUAUAUUCAAAAAGUAUCAGCCAAUUUUCACUGAUAUAUUUAAAGAUCCUGUAGACGAUAUUUCAAGACCACCAAGAUCUAGAAGACACAAAGCAAUGCCUUGCACACCUGCAAGAGUAUUUGAAUUUUGUUGGACUUUAUUUAUUUGUAUAAAAGGAGCAUUUCCAGAUAUUUCUGAUGAUUUGGUUAAUUCGUAUCAUCUUCUUUUAGUAUGUUGUGAUCUUAUAUAUAGCAAUGCUUUAUUGGCUAAUAGAAAGGAUCUUUUAAAUCCUAAUUUUCCUGGUUUACCAUCAAAUUUCAAUGAUGAGAAUUACACUCCACCACAGACAGCAAAUUGUAUAGUUAGCUUAUUAUGUGAACGUCAUGAGGCUAUUGCAGUUGAAGCUAAAGUAAUUAAGGAAUAUUAUUUGAAGAAUCAUAUUAAUAAAUUGUUCAAUGAAAGAGUUUUACGGGGUGAUCAGUCAAACUUUUCUGGUAUUUUAGAAGCUCUCAAUUUUGAUGGCAAUAGCAAAGCUAUCAAUAGAGUUUAUGAACAACAUGUAUUAAGUGUUGGAGACUUUGAUGAAAGGAUUUUCUUAGCUGAUUGGAGGAGAGUGAGAUUAAAUGGAAUAUCAAGUUUGGAAAUAGUUGGAGGAGAUCUAGCUUGUCAUGCUAGAUUAUCUAAACAUAUUUUUAUAAGAGGCCAUGAUGCUAGUAAUAAUAUUGGAUCUCCUACACAGAUGAUGAAUGUUGGUGAUCUUCAUGAACAAUUUCAAAUGAAAAAAGAACAAAAUAGUGGACAGAUACAACAUUUAGCUCCAACUACUCCAUUAACUGGACGUAGUUAUCUUAGACAAAAAGAUAUUACUAAUGUGACACCAGUAUCCACGGCAACACAAAGUGUAAUUAGACUCCAAGCUAUGUUGGCAGGUCAAACUUCACCAAGUGAAAAUUUGUUACAAAUUUUAAAUAAUUGUUCUCAAGAUGUAAAAACUCUUGUUGAAACAAAAGUUAAAGAACUUGGCGAACAAUUUUGUGCUAAUUACAACAGAAGUACAAAUGCAAAUGAGACUACUUCAGAUUUUGGAAGAAAAAGACUUUAUUUAGGUCAAACUCUUUUUUAUCGACUUUUAGAAAUGAUUUUAAAUGAUGAAAAACGCAAGAAACCAAAUUACGAUGUAACGAAUCUUCUUACAAAAGAAAUUUUUAUUCAGUGCUUAUUUGCCUGUUGUCUAGAAAUAGUCAUUUAUUCAUACAAAAGUAAUGACAAAAUUUUUCCUUGGAUUCUAAAUGCUCUGAAUUUAGAUGCGUAUUAUUUCUAUAAAGUAAUAGAAAUUAUAGUUAGAGCAGAAGAUCAAUUAUCCCGUGAUGUUGUAAAGCAUUUAAACCAAAUAGAGGAAAAGAUUUUAGAAUCACUUGCAUGGCAAAGUGACAGUCCUUUAUGGAAUGCUAUACAAUCUACACCAGAAGGUGUUCCAAGCUGUGAAGAAGUUUCCUUGCCUGGCAUGUUAGAAACUGUUGAUCCAAAUAUUCCAGGACAACCUGUAUUAAGAAGAAUUGCUUUAGAUCGUGGCACUCAUCAUGAUGUACAACAAAGUCCUAUUUCCUCAGCCUCUGAAAGAUUUCAAUCUCCUGUCGCAGCAUCUGGUGUAGCUAAAAAACGACUAUUUUCAGAUACCAGAAUUGGUGGGCAAAGUGUUUUGCGAGGAACAGGUCAAAGUGUCUUACCAUCAAAAGUUCUAACUAUCGAUAGCAAUUCGAGAAUACUUUUUUUACCAGAACAAAUUACAGUUCCAAGAUCGUCUAGUGUACAAACGACGGCUGCACCAAUACAAACUGUAACAAUUAAUAGAGAAUCAGCAAAACCAAAACGAACCGGUUCUGUUGCAUUAUUUUUCAGAAAAUUUUAUAAUCUAGCUAGCGUACGUAUGCUAGACUUAUGUGGAUCGUUAGAAAUAAUGGAUAUUGAUUUAAAAAAAAAGAUAUGGACAAUUUUUGAAUAUUCCAUUAAAGAACGAACAGAAUUAAUGAAAGAUCGUCAUCUAGAUCAAAUUUUAAUGUGUGCAAUUUAUGUAAUAUGCAAGUUGGUAAAAAUGGAAAAGAAUUCGUUUACUGAAAUCAUGCGAUGUUACCGAUUACAACCACAAGCAGAAUCUCAUAUAUAUAGAUCAGUACUUAUAGCCAAAACACCAUCCGGUGAGUCACAAAAGAACAACGAAGAAAUUAAACAAAAAGAUGUAUCGGACAAAGAAACUAAUGUAGCACCUCCUACACCUACGAAUAUGGCUGGUACUUCGCAGAAUUUCGGUGAAGAAACACGUGGUGAUUUAAUAAAAUUUUAUAAUACAGUAUAUGUACCACAAGUAAAAGAAAUGGCAAAUAAAUUUGGAUUAGUACGCGGUAGUGUAAUGAAUCUGUCAUUGAGUCCACUUCCAAAAGGAAAACCUCCUGCAAAUUCACCAGUGAGACGUGUUACUAGUAGUAUUAUGACGCGUACAUUAGAUCCGAAAGCUAUUUCAGCUUCUCCAGCACCACAACUUAGUUAUUGCUUUAGUCGUAGCCCUGCAAAGGAUUUGGAGGCUAUUAAUAAAAUGAUGAUUUCCGUCGAUCCAAAAAGAUCCGUUGGCAAGCGACUUUUAUCGGAUGAUACGGACGUGGAGAUGUCAGAAGGAACAUCCCCGAUCAAAAAGACAACUGCAUUCGUUGCACGUAAAUUAGAAAAUAUAAUUGGUGAACGACGUACGCAAAAUCAAUAAGAAAAAAUUCAGUUGAAUAUUGAAAUAAGUUAUUGAAAAUAUAGGUAACAAAAGAAAAAUAUUAUUUUCGAGGUAUAUCUUCGUUUUCAUUGAAUAAAAAAUUUUUUUUUAAAUCAAAAAGUAGGGAACAACCAUUUUGAAGUCGAAUUUUUGUUUCUUGGCUGUGUGGCUUAAAAUAAAUUAAUGUUCGCAUCUCAGGUAUGAUCAUGUUAGAAACAGAGAAAAAGGCCCGUAUAAUACCUGAUCGUAUGUAAGGAUACGAUAUUGUUAUAUUGAAUAAAGCCAGAGUUUUAUUUCCAGUGUUUUUUUAAAUUAUUUCAAUGAAUUUAAUUAAAACAAAGAUAUUUUAAGCAUUAUUUUGAGGAAAUAUUUUCAAAACAUAUAAAAUUUAGGCAUUUUUUCCAUACUUCAUUCAUAGAUAUAGUUUUAUUGAUAAUUUUAUGUAUUAUAAUAUUUUUUAAUUAAGCAUUUCAUUAUUACAAUAUUACAAGAGUUAACAGAAAAUAUAAAUAAUUUAAAAAUUAUUUUAAAUUUUUAAAAGAAAAAUAUAUCAUAUUUAUCAAUUAAUUAUUAUGAAUAUAUUAUCGUAUUUCAUUUUCACUGGAAAUUAUUCUGACUUUUAUUAAUAUCACUGAUCAGUGGUAUUUUGAUGGAGCUAUGUAUUGUCUCUGAAAUUAUACAUGUAACUUAUAUAUAAUGUAUGAUGAAUUUGUAAGAGUUACGGCCAUAGACGGUAAAAGAGAUGUUAUUUUACUACUAGUUUUAAGCAUGCUGUAAAAGCAGUUGAAUGCUCGAAGUAUGCAAAUACGAUUUGGGUGAUAUUUAAUUAAAUUUAGGCGUAUAAGUUUGAAUUUAAACAAAAAUUUUCAAUGCUCGCGGUAAUCGUAUGAUAUAUUAUAUUAUUUGAUUUUUCAAGUAUAAUAACUUAUUCGCGCGUUUUUCGUGAUUUCAUUCGUUUUACGAGUUGAAAUCCUCGAUUUUCGAUCAAAUCCAACGAUAUGUUAUUAGUUGUAAGUUUUUCUUUCAAAUUUGACAUUUGAUCUCAUUAAACUUUUUUUUUUAUUAUUAUUAUUAUUAUUAUUAUUACCAAACGAUACAUUUAAUUACAAGUAAUUAUUAUUAAGAUAAAAAUGACUUUUUAGGAUUGAAAAACGCUUUCGUAUUUUCAAAAAAUUUUUCAUAAAUGCAAAAUAAUUUUGUAACGAAAUUUGUAAAUGAAAAAAUAAUUAAUUCUUACGAAUGAAAUUCGUAAUAUGAUUGUGUUAACAAUUUUUCAAUUUGAUGUUACACAUGAUAAUUAUAACAUAAAUGAUGUAUUUGCUAGUUUUCGAGCUAAAAAAAUAUAGUUCGAUGAGGAAAGAAUUUCGUUUCUCGUUACGGACUUAUGGCAGUUCCUCUAACGAUUUCUUUUAGAUAACAUAAAAAUGUAAAGAGUUUUAUUGGUAUAUAAUAAUUAUUAAAUAGUUUAUGUGUACAUAGUAUUGUAAUUCGAAAGUAAAUUAGAAAAAUAAAAAUCGGAAAUUUUAUAUGUUA